AGGUACCGGAGUCUGCAAACAAUGUGAAAAUGGUAGAUGUUCGCUUGUAAACAAAACGCAAGAAAAAAAUUUAACACACUUGCUGUAGAAUAAAAAAAUAUCUUUUUCAUCUUGGGCAUGAUAUGAAAAUAACAUUGUAGAAAACGAAAGUUGACUAUCGCAAAAUAAAUAAAUGCGGUCAAUCUUAUCACAACUGCACUUAAAUCAUUCUUCAUCUGGAAGGAACUCUGGUAGUUUGUUUGCAAUCUAUAUUUUGUACUUCGCUUCAAGGUAUGGAGUUACGCAAAAAUGAACCACGAGGUAGAAAAUCGUCACGUCGUUCGCUUGACAAAGAAGAUAUUUUUGAGGAGAGACCCCAUAAUGAUCUCCAGGGUGGAAGGCGUUCUUCUCCUAUUAGGCAACGGAAUCAAAGACAGUUUUUAGUAGAUAUAUUUGGAAGAAGACCAGAUGAAAUAGAAAGACUAAAUGAAAUACAUACAUCAAAUAUAAUUAAUACCGAAGAAGAGGAAGAAGUAGAAGAAGUAAAUAGUGAAGAUUACUGUUGGUUAUGGGAUGAAAACAAUAAAUCUAAUGACGUGGUUGUACAGUCAACAUAUACAGAAGUAUACUUCCAUCCUGAUUAUAGCUGCGGGACAGCUGCAAUUCGGGGACUUAGACAACUGCGGGAAGGUGAAGAACACUAUUGGGAGAUUAAAAUGUCAAGUGCUGUUUAUGGUACAGACAUGAUGAUUGGUGUUGGGUCAUCAUCUGUUGAUCUAAAUAAAUAUAAAUCUCAAUUUUGUAGUAUUAUUGGUAAAAACGCAGAUAGUUGGGGUAUAAGCUACUUUGGUACGUUACAUCACAAUGGCAAAACAAGAGAAUACACAAAAAAAUUCGAACGCGGUGCUAUAAUUGGUUGCCACCUUGACCUAUGGAAAGGAACUUUAUCAUUUUAUAAGAACGGAGAACCUUUGGGUGUUGCAUUUGAGGGACUACUUGGUAAAAGUUUGUACCCAAUGAUAUCCUCGACAGCUGCACGCACUAAAAUGAAAUUAUUAUGCAGCUAUAAGACUAGCUUCUCACUUCAAUAUCUCUGCUGUAAAGAAAUUAGUAAAAAUAUCCCUUCAACGCCACAAGCUUUAGCCAGUCUUCCUUUACCAAACGGUUUAAAGAGAUACAUAAGCUGGAGACUGGACUGGGUCUUCAAAUUAAAUAAUCCAGGUUUGUCGUCCGGAAUUGGACCUAGAAGAAAACGCGUAAGAAGGAAAGUCAAGAAGCAGUUAGAAGGCAUUGAAGCUGUUUUGGGAACUAGUUGAUAGUCAUUGAUUUGUUUUUAAUUUUUCUCGAAGGAUUAUAUUUCUUUUAAAUAUCUUCCUUGUAAAACCUUAAAAAAAUUAUAGAGUGAUGUGAGCAACCAAGAAAAAGAAAUAUAAUAAAAUGUAGAAACUAAACUGAAAUUCGAAUGUCGUAAUUUCUCUUCCAGACGAUAAACGUCUUGUCUUGGAAAAAACAAAAUAUCCUGGAAAUACUUGAUAAACACGUGAUGCCCUUAUGGCCAUUGAGGCUGGAUUUGUGGUAAGUGUUUAAGGAAGCAUAGAGAGCAAGUAACAGGAAUUUUUUAUUUGUUAAUAUGUCCUAGGUUUAUAGUUUUGCAUCAUAAUGUUAAAUUUAUUACUUUUUAUUGACAUUUUUUUUAUUCUCAUUUAUUUUCACGUUUCUAGCUCCAUGUUUCUUUUUUUUUUGUAUUUUAAAUAUUCAACCACUCCUUAAUAUACACCGAGACCUUAAUACUUAAAAAAAUAAAUGGAUGACCUGUUCCUAUAUACUCUAAAUUUCAAUCAUAUCCCUUAUAUAUUAGAAAAAGUAGGGAUAGUAUUGGUAUGAUUAAAUGAUGCAUUUGUAAAGGUAACAAAUUGUAAUUAGAAAUUUAAGACUUCAAAAUUUGUUUUUAUCUCCUUGUACAUUAUUUGAAGAAUUUUAGAAAGUCCAGUUAUUAAUCAUUUUUUGAUAAUAAAAAAAAUGCAAAGAUGUAAAAAUAAUUUUAUAAAAAUAUAUUGUAUGAAUUAA